CAUCAAGCAUGCGAAUUCAGUUCAUUCAAACUGAUUAGAUGCAUGAUUUGUUCACGUUUCGGUUGUUUUUUGCAGGCCAGAAACAAGCCGGCAGAUGGUAAUGCUCAUGUGACGCAACCACGUCCAAGAACACCGACCCAUGGGGCCAAAGGGGGGCCAAAAACCCCUUGUAAGUCUUCACAGAAGCAGCUCAAUGUGCAACAGAAGGGCCAACCCAUCAGACAAGCACCUGCUAAAGUGGAUGCAGGACUAAAGAAAACGAAGAAAACCAAGAAGGGGAAACAUCAUCAACCGGACCUGAUUGUAACCAUCGACUUGGCUCGGUGCCCGUUUUCUUGUUGCCAUAUUCAAUAUCGUGUGAUUAAAAUGACAAAUAAUAGCCAUCGAUAUGACAAAGAAUACUCGAGGCUAAAACGGCUGACCAGUGAACUUGAGAUUCAACAAACUAGCACUGAAUAUGGACUUUCGGAAGAUCAAGUCGCCGAAUUCAAAGAGGCCUUUAUGCUCUUCGACAAAGAUGAAGAUGGAAUGAUCACUAUGGCCGAAUUAGGAGUGGUUAUGCGGUCUCUAGGUCAGAGACCAACAGAGACGGAGCUGAGAGAUAUGGUGAACGAGGUGGACCAGGAUGGAAAUGGCACCAUAGAAUUUAACGAAUUUCUGCAGAUGAUGUCCAAGAAAAUGAAAGACGCUGAUGGUGAGGAGGAACUUAAGGAGGCGUUUAGGGUGUUUGAUAAAAAUAACGACGGCUUGAUAUCGAGUAUAGAGUUGCGCCAUGUUAUGACCAGUUUAGGCGAGCGAUUGUCCGAAGAAGAAGUUGAUGACAUGAUUAAAGAAGCAGACUUAGAUGGAGAUGGCCAAGUGAACUAUGAAGAGUUUGUGGGAAUUCUCACUUCCAAAAACUAGUAACGCAGACUGCUUGAAAAAUGGUCCAAUUUCAACUAGAUUUUUGACUGCUACUGACUUAAUGCACGGCUCUACCAGAAGGAUUACUAUACACAUUUAUAUCCAUACGAAUUCUAGCUUUAACUUUAACUUGAUUUGGUGUUUGGUUGCAGGAUUAUUUGCCACCCGUUUGCUUUUUCCUCCUAUCACUCUGUAAAGUUGUUAAGUCUUCCUACUAAAUUCUAGUCUUUAUUAUACAUUUUUAUAAUCAUAAGGUAAGGUAAGUGUACAACCAUCCUUGUUGUACAACUUUAUUGCAAUUAUGCAGCUAAUUAUUGGAUUUUUAUUUUCGUCGUUUCCAAAUCGUUUUAUGUAUAUUUAUUUGAAGCUGGCGCAAACCUGACGAGUUUGGCUCCAUUUUCCAUUCUGCAUCUAAGCGAAAAAAUAAGACAAACAUUUAUACAUUUUUGAUUUAUUAUUUUUAAAUUGUUAUUCAGAUCUGAAAAUGAUGGGGCAUAAUUUCACUUUGCUAUUGAACAAUAAUCAAGGUAAAAGAUAUCAAAAUUAUAAUUACAAUACGAUUUGAAAUUUUGUUUUGCAAAAAUUUGCAGGUUUCAAAAUUGCGCUUCCCCCAUCAUACAAAUCAAUUGAAAAUUUGAGUUUACCAAAACCACGGCAAAAGUAGAAUAGUUUGAGAAUAAAUGUUCAAUGUAAUCUGUAGGAAAUAAUGUAUUUUUAGGACUGAUGUUAAAUGUAACGAUUGCUAUUGAAUUCGCGACAAAGGGUUUUAGUUGUAAAUUUUCUUAUUAAAACGUAUAUGUGAUAGGUUGAUUAAGAUAAUUAUAAUAUAUAAACAUACAUUCACUAAUAGGCUUUAACAAAUUGGAGAAAUAAAAUACUCAUAUUUUUUCAAUCUUGCCAUUUAAAUGCUGAUUUAUCUUAUUGUUCAACUAUUAAAGUAAACCAUUAGACGUGUAAGGAAAUUGUAAUCAUUUUCGUUUCUUAAGCUUGCUAUAUAUAGGCGAAACAGUAAAUUUUCUGAAUUGCUUACAGCUCAAUUUAUUUUUCUUGGUAGAUCUUUUGCUUUUGACCAAGUUUAUAUGACAUGUUGUAUGCUAAUUUCGCUUUUAAAUAUCGGUUUUUAUUCCUGCUUUAGCAGAAGUUCUUGUUUAGUAUACAAAAAAUACAAUAUCUGUAUUUUUACAAUAAUUGCACUUUUUUUCUAGUAUGUUCCAGAUGUGGGAACUUGGGAAUACGAAAAAAGCCUUAAACAAGCAAAUUACUAUAAAAGAGAAUAUGAAAUUGAAAAUUAAAGCAGAUUUUUCAGAUUGAGCGGUGCAAACUUGUAUUCUCAAUGUUUCGAACAUAUCCAGGUUUUGUAAGUGUCAUGUUUUUAUUCCGUACACUAUGAAGCCUAAUAAAGUGAAAAAAUGCUAAAGGAGAGAAAUGUUUGUUGCCUAUUAAAGUAGCAGAAGAGUGUGAACUUGGAAGGAUUGGAAGAAAAUAAACCAACUCUUUGCAUCUUUUAUUGCUAGAAAAUUGUACUGUUGAUUAAGUUUUCUUUCAAUAGAUUCAUAAAUACUUAAUACAGUAAUAGACAAUAAGAGAGUAACAAUUAGACAAAUAGACAAUUGUUCAUA